AUGAUCCAUUCCACUAAAAAGAGUGGCAGCUCGGUCAAGCUGGACACUUUGAGGGAGGAGGAGAGUGACAAUACUGGUGAAAAAUCCUUGCGUGGCGAAGGCAGCCGGAUUCACUCGCUACCCAACCAUGAAAAAGACUUUUCUGGCUCGCAAAAGGGAAGCUCGUCAAAUAGCAGUGUCAGUGCCAAUAGUAAGAUGGUAGGGCUUGGUAUUGCCAGAAGACCAAGCCAUAACUUACUUUUAAACUCCGUGACUUGCGAUGAACCAGUAGGAAAUCAUAACAUACAGUUAGGACUUUCACAACCAAAGAAGAAUUUUGCAAUAAAAAACGAUAGGCCAAUAUCUAAUGAUUCGAUUGCAACGCGGACAUCCGAGCUCUUUUCUUCGAAUUCUUCAGAUGCAAAUUCGGGAAAUUCUUCACUAGAUAAUGACAAUGAAGGUAAAAAAUUGAGACUCAAUGGGUCUUCAACAGAGUUUCAGACAGAAGAAGAGAGCGAUGAAACAGAAAACGCUUCGUCAUAUGAUGCACUUUCAUCUGCGCAAGGGAAUACAACCAAUUCAAUAAGUCAAAGUUUGACUUUGAGUCAUAAAUCGGACAAUAAAUCUGUUUUAUCGAGAAAUAGUACUCUAAAAUCUUCUCAAAGUCAACAAGCAAGGUAUUUCUUUUCUAAUGGUAAUGGGCCACAUUCCCAAGUUUCGUUCUUCGACAGCACCAGUAAUUUUUCAUCGCCUUUGAAGAAAGUAGGCUCAAAUGAAAAUGGCUUGCUAAACCUGAAGUUGCAAUCUAAAUCGCAACCUUCUCUACCAGCGACAUCUCCGUUAUUCAAUCACUUGAACAGCACAUCGGCGAUACCGACAAAAACAAGAUUAACACCUUCUCAGAGAUAUCGCUUACGUAAAACGCAAAACGAGACUGCCCUGAUCAAAUCGAUUAGAAAUAAAGAAAAGUACUAUGACGAACAGGAUAAAACCUUAGAAAUACAAGAAGCAGAUAUUAACGACUCAGUAAUAUGGAAUAUCCCAAUGGCAUCGCAUUCAACCAGUUCAUUUUUGAUGUCAUCGAAUCCAAAAGGACUUAAAAAAUCUGACUCUACAUCAAGCAUUCCAACAGAAAACAAGAGAACAGUAUAUAAUCAAUCCAUUUCUUCGUGUUCAUUCCUGGAUACUUAUAGCAUGCCAACAUCUCCAAUUCCUGGGGUCAACAAAACCAGUGAUUUUCAAUACAUGCAACAGGCAACGAAGAAUAUCUCUUCAGUAUACUUACAUUCCUCGCACAAAUUAUCCAAAAGUAAGCUGGAUGAUAGAACGGCUUCAGCUGAUUUUUUACCAAUGGAAUUCAAGACAGCGAGUGAUUUGGGCUUUGAAGAUUUAGUACUUGUUUCGGAAGAUAAACUAGAUGUUACAAGCCAUUCAAGACCGAGUUGGUUACCACCAAAGCUUCCCGAUGAGAGAAAAAUGCAUGAAGAGCAAAUCAGUAAAAGCACAAGCAUGGCUUCAAUAGAGCAACUGGAUAGGAAUAAACAGAAUGAAGAGAGAUUGCUGAAAGAUGAAACAAAUAGGCAAAAAUUUAUCUUAUUAUUGGAUAGAGGCAUUACAAGAAACUCUUCAUCAGCAAGUUUGAAAAAAAUCAUAUGGCAAACGGCAUUCAGCUCAGAACUACGAUAUCAAAUGUAUAGCGAAAUUCUGCAAAGUGAAGUUAAAUUAAUAACAGAACAAUAUAUGGAAAAAUUCGAAGAUGUUAUGAAUGUAUUCGACAAAAUGGAUUUUCCUCGUAGUAAAGAGGCGGAAAUCGAACAAUUAAUUGAGAUUGGAAUCAAAAGAAAAAUAGCUGGUAAGGAAAAUGUAUCUCCUGAUCUUAUUUUGAUGCUAAAGCUCAAGGCCAUAUCCCAACAAGGGUUAUUACCUGGUGAUGAAUUAUUGUUUCACCAUUUUUUACUUGAUCCGUCUUUCGAAUCAAAAGCGCAAGUUUGGGAAACUGUAAAUUUGAUACAAAUGACAUGUUUCAAUGACAUUUGCAAAGAGAAAUAUGAUAGCAAAAUUUUGAAUUCAAGGGGUAUUGUUGCAAGUUAUCUGCUUAGAGGUGACGAUUUCAAAGAUGAGUUUAAUCCAUUAGCAUUGAACUCGUCGACAUGGUGGAAUGUUCUGGAGCGAAUUCCUCAUACACUCUUCAUGUGGAUUUUAGACAUUAUUGUAGUAUCAAACUCACAAUGUUUCAAAAAAAAUCCGCUAAUAAAGGAAAAUUUCACGGGAAAAAGUUUCGAGUACUAUAGAUCAAAGCACGUUGUCACCAAUUACAAAAUUUUACUAUCAUUCAUACUAAAUGUUUUGCUUAACUAUCAUUUUGGAUUUAACGAUCUUAAGAGCUUAUCAAGUCUAGAUGAUCCUAACUUUUGCAUUCCAGUACCUUUCGAUCAUUUGUUGGAUAUGGGCUCUAUAAACUCUUUUUUCAUUAGGAAGUGGUUACAUUAUCACAAGAAAUUUUAA